AGAAUCAGUAUUACUUGGGCGACUAGGAAUUGAAGCAGUGUUACAAGGGUAAAAUGAAAUUCUGGGAUUGGUAUCUGAAAAUUGCUGUUGUUUCGGCCAUGAUUGGAGGUUCCAUGGAGUUUUUCAUGAUAAAGACUGGAUUUUAUGAUAAGGUGACUGUUCUAGAAGCGGAAAAGAGAGCGUGGGAGAAUUCUCCUGAAGCCAAGGCUGUAAGAGACGCUCUUAAUCCAUGGAGACAUCAGGAUGCAGAAGCAAGCAAGGAUUCUUAACUCUGUCACUUCUGUUAGAGAAUUAUAAG